CAGGUGUGACGCCACUUCCCGCUGAAAAUUGCGGGCUGCUUGGGUUGGUAGGUCUAGUGGGUUACGUACUCAGGGAAUGGCAGUCUCGGGAGAUGGAAGACUCCAUGCAGUCCGCAUUCCCGACAGGCAUGGUUAUGCGGUGGAGUUCUCGCCUUACAAACCCUCCACUUUGGCAUGCGCUACCUCACAAAACUAUGGCAUAUCAGGUUGUGGGACUCUGGUGGUGCUAGAGCAAAGUGAAGGUGGAAUUGCUGUUCGUAGAAGCUUUGAUUGGACUGAUGCACUGUUUGAUGUAACAUGGAGUGAGAUCAGUGAGAACAUUGUGGUGACUUCCAGUGGAGAUGGAUCUCUGCAACUGUGGGAUAUCACUAAACCCCAAGGUCCAUUACAAGUCUUCAAAGAACACACACAAGAGGUUUACAGUGUCGAUUGGAGCCAAACAAGAGGCGAACAAUUGAUAGUGUCUGGCUCUUGGGAUCACACUGUUAAACUGUGGGAUCCCUCCUUUGGGAAGCCGCUAUGCACAUUCACUGGUCAUGAAAAUAUUAUCUAUAGCACCAUAUGGUCACCACAUAUACCAGGCUGCUUUGCAUCUGCCUCAGGUGACCAGAGUCUCAGAAUUUGGGAUAUGAAAACACCUGUGUCCAAAGUAGUAAUUCCGGCCCAUCAGGCAGAGAUUUUAAGCUGUGACUGGUGUAAAUAUGACCAGAAUUUGCUUGUGACUGGUGCUGUUGACUGCAGUUUAAAAGGAUGGGACUUGAGGACUGUACGUCAGCCUGUGUUUGAACUUCGAGGCCAUAAUUAUGCAAUUAGAAGAGUAAAAUUUUCUCCAUUUCACGCAAAUAUUGUGGCAUCUUGUUCCUAUGACUUUACGGUGAGGUUGUGGGACUUUUCCAAAUCUUCCUCAUUACUAGAAACAGUGAACCAUCACACGGAAUUUGUUUGCGGCCUUGACUUCAGCAUCCUCACACCUGGACAGAUUGCAGACUGUGCGUGGGAUGAAACUGUGAAAAUAUAUUUCCCAUCCUGCCUCUCACUACCUUAGUCCUAGCCAUUCUCUGGAGCCAACAGUACAAAGGAAGGAAAGAAAAGGAACCUUCUUUACAGUCAUUAAAUAUCAUUUAGGUCUUGUUUUGGUAAUUUAGCUUUUCCAGUGCAAAUGUUUUAGUAAUCUUUUGUAAGAAAUGGUUUUUGGCUAUAAAAGCCUGUAUGUAAUUAAAAUAUGAACAGAUUCCACAAAUUAAUGUAUUUUCUAUAGGUGGAAUUAAUGAAUUCAUAUGCUUUACUAAUAUCAAGGAUAUAAGAAAAAUUAUCAACUUUUAACUAUCUCCUAAAAUGGAUAAUACACAAAUCUAACUACAGACCCAGUGAUUUGUGCAAUUGAGACAUUUUCAUAACUAGUGCUUCAGUUGGAACAGUUCUAACAACACAUUUUGUUGCUUUUCCUCAGUUUACCUCAGUAGUGAGAAAACUAAGAUUAACUAAAAUCAACAUCAGUUCAAUGAAUAUGACUUGUGCUGAACAUACUUUUAGCCCAUCAUUUUAAUUCCAAUAGCCUAUUGUUUAAUCCUAAUUGUUACUUCUUGAUCAAAACAGGGAACCUGAAGUUACUCCAUGUUUGAUACUUGUGAGGUAGAUAAUUAGAUUGCCAGCUUACUACCUCCUCCCUUUCCACUUUGUUGUGACUGUUUUGUUAGAAGUCCAUAAUUUGUGUGUGUGUGGGGGGGUCAUUGGUGGCAGCUUUCAGUUACAUGCACACAUUGGAUUGUUGGUUCUUCUUUAACUAAAUUAUGGAUAUAGUAAGAUUCAUGCAUGGCUUUGCUAGAUAAUUUAUUUCCUACAUCAACAUAUAUUUUAGACUGACUUUAUUACACAGUUAUUACAAAAUGUUCAGCAUGCCAUAUAUGGUUGGACAGUUUAGCCAUUUUAACCUAUACUGACUAGUAACACCAAUGAGCCUUUUUAACCAAGUUGGCCAGAAAAUGCCCAAUAUGAAUAUUGAUAGUGGUUUAACAUAGAAAAAUGGAAAAGCUUUUUUUUUUAUUUCUAAUAAAUAAUUCUGUAAAUAGGCCUUCUAAUUUGUCCAUGUUAUGUGGUGGCAUGUUCAUUAUGAUGAUGGAAAUAUAAAGUAAUUCACUGUAA